GUGUUGUUAUUGGUGCUACUGUUAGAUUUUCUUAUUGGUAUUGUCAUUGGUACUACCAUUAGAUUUUCUUCUUGCUGUGUGGUCUCGUAUAUUUUUCCGGUGGGAAGUCUUGCAUGUUUUUUCGGUGGUAGUCUUGCAUGUUUCUUCAGUGGUGGUUUUGUAUAUUUCUUCAGUGGUGGUCUUGCAUGUUUUUUCGGUAGUGGUUCUGCACGUUUCUUUGCUAGUGGUAUUGCAUGUUUCUUCGAUGGUAGUCUUGCACUUUUCUUCGGUAGUGAGUCUGCAUAUUUCUUCGGUAGUGGUUUUUUAUUAACUUUUUAUACUAUGUUUGCUAUCAUUUGUGCUUGCAUCGUCUGUUGGUGGCUUCGAUUUGAUGGUGUUGUUAUUUUCUGGUAUACUAUUGUAUCUUCACUUUCUUGGUUUUUUGCUGUUGCCUUGAUGUUAUUUAGUAUUGUUGGAGUUUAUGAUUUUGCUAUGGUUUUCG